AACGAACUCCACGAAAUUUUUGACAUUGAAGUGGGGAACAACAAAAAGGGGUUUCUCUCUCUCCUUGCGGUAGGGUUUAUUCUUAACUCCAUUUGCAGACGAGCCCGCGUGAGCGAGAGAGAGAGAGGAUGGGUAGGGGCAAGUUCAAAGGCAAGCCUACUGGUCGCAGGCAUUUCUCUACGCCUGAGGAAAUGCUUGCUGGUAGCUCCACACGUCCUCGUACAUUCAGAAAGGAGGAGGAGGAGGAAAAAGAAGAAGAAACAUCCGAAGAGGAAGAAGGUUCUGAUGAGGAAGAUCAAGAAGUGAAGAAGAAAGGGACACAAGGCAUUAUUGAGAUUGACAAUCCUAAUUUGGUCAAACCGAAAAAUUUGAAAGCAAGAGAUGUUGAUUUGGAAAAAACAACUGAGUUGUCAAGGCGUGAAAGGGAAGAAAUAGAGAAACAGAAGGCUCAUGAACGGUAUAUGAGGCUACAGGAACAGGGGAAAACAGAGCAAGCUAGAAAAGAUUUAGAGCGUUUACAAUUGAUACGACAACAAAGGGCUGAGGCUGCGAAGAAACGAGAAGAAGAAAAAGCUGCUAAAGAAUUGAAGAAGGCUGAGGCUCGCAAGUAACAUGAACAACUCAUGUAUAUGUACGUCGCAUCAAAUGGUCAAACUGCUUCAAAAAAAUGAACGUAUGCAUCAUUUGUUAUAUUAAUUGGUGAUACGCAGAAUAUGUUGUAGACCAUCCACAACCAUUUAUGUUCAAAAUUUGGCAAAGAGUUGGCAAUUUCCUCUUUCUACUAG